UCGGGGGAAAAGGUGAAUGAUCAAAAAAUCUGGAUCCAAGUGUCAUCCAUAUUGUUUAUUAUCUGUUCAGCUGAUUUCAGUGAUGGACAUGUCUUGGAAUUAUAUGUUGGGUUUUACCCCCGCUUUUAAAGGUGUCUAAGGAAAACAUGGAAUAUAAUAUGAGACACUCUGUGAUGGUAACAGAAUAUUUGUAACCAAUGUAAGCAACUACCUGUGACACGCCAUGACUCGCCAGUCAGAGAUGAUCGUUAUUGCCCUCGUCGCCAUUUUCCACCAUUUACCGGAAGUACGAACACAGCUUAGCAACGAAGGAUGUCCCGCCAAUAUCACGGUUAGCAACGUGACAGAUGGGCGUGUCUUCCCAGUGUUUGAAAAACACGAAACAGCGGCUUUAAUUCUGGUAGGCUUUGGAGGAUUUUCGGUGCUACUGGCAUUGCUCUACAAUGCGAUACGUAAGCAUGUCUUCAAGGAUGUCAACAGUUUGGACACCACCUUCGAUGCUGGCGGAAAGGUCAGCAUGAGUUUAACGGCUGUUACAGUGGCAUCGCAACUCAUGUGGCCAGGAGAUUUACUGCAGUGUUCAACAGUUGCUUCCCAGUACGGUGUAGCUGGACCUUUCUGGUAUUCUGUGGGCGCCAUAUUUAACAUGAUCCUGUUUCCAGUUCUCUCUGUUCAUUUUAAAACUCGAUCUCCAGGAGCGAAGACUUACCUCCAGAUAAUUAAUGCAAGAUUUGGACCUUGUGCUCACAUCAUCUUCUGUUGCUUCGCCUUACUGACUAACGUCAUUGUCAUGACGUGUCUGAUUGUUGGUGGGAAGGCCACCAUUCAGUCCAUGACGAACGAAGCAUCGGACGAAUUCUGCAUCUUUUUAAUGGCCACUCUAUUCGGCUGUUAUUCAUUUGUUGGUGGUUUGGGGACAACGUUUUACGUUUCCUAUUUCAACGCCGUACUGAUCUUUGGAUGUUUGGUGAUUCUAACAGUCAAAGUCUUCUACACUGAUAACGAUACUGAUAGUUUAGUGGGUGGAAUAGACAAGGUUUAUGAAAGCAUCUACUGUAUGCAGGGUCCAGAAGAAAACGAGGAGCGGAGCUACCUUACGUUUUGGUCAGAGGGGUCACUCAUGUGGGGAAUUCUUGGUAUAUUCGCCACGUCUUCGUUGACGUUUUGUGAUCAAGCUUCCUGGCAGAGUCGGAUCGCUGCUAAACCAACACAGGGUGUUAUGGGUUUUCUAGCAGCUACCUAUAUGUGGUUCGCCAUCCCUACAUCAAUUGGAACCAGCAGUGGAUUAGCUUAUUUGGCCCUUAGUUCUAAUAAUAGUGCAGCUACACUUCCUAUGGACGAUGUCCAUGCAGGGUUGGUAACACCAUUUAUAGCCGAACAAGUUUUAGGAUCAACUGGAGGAGCCAUGAUUCUCACCAUGUUAACAAUGGCUCUCAUGUCAACAGGAUCAGGAGAAGUAAUGGCUGUAUCAUCUAUAAUAGUUUAUGAUAUCUAUCAAUCGCACAUCAAACCCUUCAGGCGCACCAGAGGACCGGGGCAAUGUAUAUUAUGUGGAAUGCAAAAAGCUUCCUUGGUCAAUGGUGCAACAUCUGAUGGUAUUAAAUUUUGUUCCUGUGCUUCAGCUAGUGACUGCGAGGUUUGUAAGAAAGAUGUAGAAGCCAAAUGCACGGAAGGCGUAGAUAACCAAUCCAAUACGUGCCCCACUCAUGGUGGAUACAGGACAUACCAAGACAAUCUAAUUCGCUUUAAGAGUUGGUGUAUUCUGUGGGUGACUAUUGGCAUAGUGCCCCUCGGGAUGAUGGUCUGUUCUUCUGGAAUUGACCUUAAUUGGAUGAUGCUGGUGGGAUUUAUUGUGACCAUACCUUGUUUCCCUGGAGCAGUACUUAGCAUCAUAUGGGUUAAAACCUCAACAAUUGGAAUAAUUGCAGGUAGCUUAACUGGACUGUUUGCUGGAGUGUCUGUAUUACUGGGCAUGGCAUCAAGACAUGAAGGCGGAUUAAACAACUUCAUGGAGAAUACAUCCAAAUAUUUUACAGUUUUGUCAGGAUCUAGUACCAGUUUCAAUUGCAGCCUGAUUGUCACGGUGUUAGUCUCACUUUUGACCCACAAGAUCAAAACCCCAACAGACGAGCUGAUUGAGUGGCAGAAGAUGAGAGACAUUGACAACCCACUAAGUCCCUGGAUGGAAAAGUACCGCGAAGAGUUUCCCUCACUUAAGCAUGGUGAGCAGCCGACAUUCUCCCAGUUAGAUGCUGUAUUUAAAACGGCCAAGAGGACGGCGUAUGUUGGAGGAGCCGUUAGUUUGGUACUCUUCACCAUUUUAAUACCAAGUAUUAUGACGAGUCUUCAUGUUUUAUCAGCAAUGCAAUUCCGUAUUUGGGUGAUGACGUGUCAGCUUUGGGCUAUAUUCAUGGCAGUCAUAGUCAUAGUUGUGGUUCCUAUAGAAGAACUGACAAUCAUAUUCCGCGAAAGAAUGCGGCAAAAGACGGGUGGUUCCGGCACUAAACUCAAUGGUGAGAAUACUAUAGAAAUGCCGGGAUAUUCUCAGAAAUGUGACCAAGAGCCCCAAAUGCUCUGAAUGUAAAUCUUCGAGUUUUGAAUUGCAUAGUUCCAACAUGGACGUCAUUUUAUGAGGGUGAAAAACAUUGAAUGAUUUGGUCUGUGUUUUGUAAAUAUGCCGUUGUGUGGCGUUAGCGGUUUGAUUGCAUCUGUAAUUACAAAAAUCUUCAAUAACUGGAAGACACAAACCAAUAUUCUUACAAAUGGAAAUAACACAAUUUAACUGUAUAUCUCGACAUCAAGACAAACAAUAGGCAUUGUCUUAUUGUAGACACAAUGCGGCCAUUCAGUCGCAUCAUUCUGUAAUGCGGACGUUCUCUACAAAAGAAAAAUUCCCGUUAAAGUUUCCUUAUCGAAGGAUGACUGUUUUUCCAAUUUACCAACGGAAAUUAUCAUUGAUAGUCCUACGUUUCCACAAAGAUGCAUUGUCGAAAUGGACCAUGUACUGGAAAUAAAAGAGUUUGUUGACCUUUGAACUUUGAACUAUGGAUUUGUGGUGUGAUCAUUACUUAUUAUUGCGUAACUAGACAGAACCAUGUGUGGUAAUGACAAAUUAGUGCGUUUGUUUUUGGUGCCUGUUUAGUAAAUCGUUUGUAAACAAUGUGUUUGUUUUGCAUGAAUUGUUAAUUGGGAUACCUCUUAAUAUAAUAUAUGAAAAACAUUUAAUAUGCACUUACUUAACGUAGGACAAUAUUAUGUAUAUGUAGCAAUAGAUUAAAUAAUAAUUGUGACAGGUGUUCGUUCGUACUCGCGGUUAACCAGUUAAUUGUUGUGCGUCCUCUAAUUGUCAGAUCACUUACUUCCUAUCAUGGCGGAGUUGCUGGAUUCACUGAUGAAAAGGGUUGUAGUAAUUGAAAGCAAUUACUGAAUUUUGAUCGUGGCCACGGUUCUACAAUGAUUUACUUUCUAAUUGUAGAAGUAUUUUGCUUGAAAACGACAAGAGAAUCGCUGGAGAAACAUAGCUCCGAUUAAUAGUCGUUAAUUGUAUUUCAUACAACGGUUACAUUAUUUCGUCUGGCUCAGUGACAGAAAUAAUAGCCGAUUUCCAUUGAAUGAUAGUGUAGCAUCACACUGGACAAUCUACCUCGUUAAUAAAGAGAUAGAAGCCAAUGUUGUACACGGGUAGUCGGUGCGUUGAGUGCAUUGAGUUCAUAAUAACCUAAAUUUGUAUUUGAUAAAAUUAACGUCAUUUUACAGCGCGUUAUUUCGAAGGCGCUGACUUUUAAAGAAUGUGGCCAUUAGUGUUUUACAGUAUAGGCUAACCGAUUGUUAGACGAUAAAUUAGAAGCCGUAAGGCGCUGACUUUUAAAGAAUGUGGCCAUUAGUGUUUUACAGUAUAGGCUAACCGAUUGUUAGACGAUAAAUUAGAAGCCGUAAGUGCAAUAUGCGCGUAUUUACUGUAAUGUUUAAUAGCCUUUAGAUAUUUAGUAAUAGAAUUUGUAAUGCAUUUAAACUACUAUUGAGAAUUUACGUGACGUGUGCCGUGCACGACGAAGGCUGUGUUUAAUUAUGGGAAGUUUAAACAUACGUACACAUUUUUGUUCUACUUUUGGAUUUUUAUUGUUCGACCGAUCAGGGUUUACAAAACGGCUAAUCGGUUUAGAACACAAUAUAAAUAUAUGUAUAACUAUAUAUUAAAUUGCUUAAAUAGCUAUAGUGCAAUAUUAUAUACUAUGUAUACAUUGUAAAGGUUGAUAUAGUAAAUGUUUUGUGUUAUUUAAAGGAAAUUUUCUAUUAAAAAAAAAGGAAUUCUCAUUUUCAUACAUGUUUUUACGAUACGUUCCGGUUAUUUUUCCUAAUUUUAUAAUUGAUUUGUACAUCAUAUUCUUAAAUUCAUAUUUUUAAAUUCAUAUUUGAAAAUUGCACGUGUUGUUCUCUGGGGUAUAAUGUCUCAAAGAUGCAUUAUGUAAGAUUUAGAUGAAGACCUGACCGUUCUGAAUACAUUUUGUGAUGGAUAAUUUAACGUAAAUGUGGAUAAUCGAGACAUUGUUAAUUAUAGAACCAACGUUAGUAAUGCUGAUAGAGGCUAGCCGAAAAUUAAAUUGUUAAUAUCUUGGUUCAGAGUGAAGCAAUUUGGCUGGAAUUUUCAGCAUUUUCUGUUUUCAUUAUCUAUUUCUUUAACUAUUAUAGCGAGAACUGUCAGCUCGUUAUCUAAUCUAACCUAUUGCCCAUUCGAGUGGCAUUACCGUGAUAAUAAACGAAAUCUUGAUUGUCAGUCAUUUUAUUGAGUGACGUCCAUUUUAACGUUAAAUGAUUAUAUGGCGCGGGUGGUCUCAUCCAUUCAAUAUCCCAUCCAUCCGAUAGCCUAGAGAGUUGAUUAUGGACUUGACAUGUGAAUAAGUGUCUAAAUAAUAAUUUAUAUAACAUUUUAAGCCAGAAAAAGACAUAAAAUGGGGAGAUUUAGCUCUUGUAUAAUACAUCGUUAAUGAGUGAAGUGACGCACGUGUAGUAAUUAGAGAAUAGCCGAAAUCUGGAAAUCUUUUCAGUAAACUCAGCUUAUUGGGGAUUUUAUUUUCAAAUUAUUAGAUCUGUAUUUCGUUCAGCUAUUAAUCCUACGCCAAUCUGCACGACAUGUAUAUGUACUUUAUCUUUGCGCUGUUCUGUUUUAAGCCUGGCUUAAUCCAUUAUGAUUGGUUUAACAAAUGACUCUUUUUCCAAGUCAAAUCGAAUCUCCUUUGGCUAUACGAAUGGUCAGGUCAGGUCAGGUCAAAUAAACACACAAACUUCUUAAGGGUGUUACAAAGGAUGUAAAAACGGAAAAGAAACGAAAUGGCGGAAACAAAAUUGGUUAGAACAUAAAAAUGGAAAAGAAACGAAAUAACGGCAUAAUUUGUAAAUUGCCUAGAGAAUGUUAACAGCUUAAGAGAAUGAAGAGAAGGAGUAUUUUUAUGUUAUGUAAUAGAUAUUAUCAUACUGUUCCUGUUUGUUAGAAUAUAGCCAAAGAUUGGUUAUUGAAUAAUAAAAAUUCUUUUAGCCUGCA